ACGAUCCCAACGUUUGAUUAUUUACUUGAAAAGUUACAUCCCAGACUAUACCGUACAAACACAGACAUGCGACUUGCUGUGCCUCCAGAGGAGCGACUUCUCAUUACCCUCAGGUUUCUUGCAUCUGGAGUGUCUUAUACGUCACUAAGCCAUUUUUUUUUAUUGGGAAUAUCGACCAUAUCAGUGAUAGUGCAUGAGACCUGCGAAGCAAUAUGGGAGGAGCUUCGUUCUUCUGCAAUGCCGGUUCCUGAUGCUACCAUGUGGCAGGAAAUUGCGACUGGCUUUUGGAAAAAAACUCAAUUCCCCAAUUGUGUUGGAGCUCUGGAUGGGAAACAUGUCAGAAUCCAGAUGCCACCAGGAUCUGGCUCGCAAUUUUUCAAUUAUAAAAAAUAUUUUUCACUAGUGCUAAUGGCAAUUUGCGACAGUAACUACAAAUUUAUUGCCGUUGAUAUAGGAGCCUAUGGAUCGAAUGCCGACGCAAGAAUAUUUUCAUCAUCAGUAAUGGGGAGAAGAAUACUGGAGGGACACUUUAAUUUCCCAGCAGAUCAACCACUACCAUCAACUGUAGGACCAGAUUUGCCACAUGUUCUAGUUGCUGAUGAGGCAUUUGGACUUUCUCAUCAUCUUUUAAGGCCUUAUGCCAGGCAGAAUUUAACGACCCCAAAGAAAAUUUUCAACUACCGCUUGAGUCGUGCAAGGCGCCUUAUUGAAUGCACCUUUGGCAUUUUGAGCGGCAAAUGGCGCAUAUUUCAUAGCGCUAUACAACUUAGCGUGGAGAAUGCCCAACUGGCAAUCCAAGCCUGCUGUGUCCUCCACAAUGUCAUCCGCGAGAAGGAAGGGAUUUCUGUUGAGGAAGAGGACGAGGUAGACCUACCAUCUGUGCGCUUUUCCGGACUGCGACCCAACAAUUCAGCUAUUACCAUGCGUGACAAUUUUACUAAUUUUUUUAUGUCCCCAGAAGGAGAGGUUCCGUGGCAGUAUCAAUAUGUGUAAAAACAGUCACGAGGAACUUUAUCAUUUGCACCUUUAUAGUAACAUGUUUCGCCCCUUUUAGUUAAUUUGCAUGGUCUUUCUUGUCAUAGUGAAAACGCCAGUUAAUUUCUACAUUUAAGAUUUCUACAAGUGUAUGCUUUCAUGCUUCAAUUGUCAUUAUGUCCCUAUGAUAUAUCAGUUUGUUUCUUUUCACAUAAAAUACCAAAAAAAAAUCA